AAUUUUCCCCCCAUAGUAUGUAUAUAUGACAAUUUCAAUAACUAAACCCAGUUAAGUAAAAAUAAAAAACUUCAUUCCAAUUUCCAAUAAUAUAAUAUGCGGUAAGUAGCGGCGGCUCGAGUGUUUGAAUUGCCGUGACACGAAGCUCAUGGAUUCCAACAACGCCGGAGACAGAUCUGGAAGACUUGAAACCUUAGCCCAACAGCUUCGUGUCUACGAGGAAAAACCAGAUGAGAAUGAGAUCCCAAGGAGUGAAGGAGAAACGACUUCUCAAGACUCAAAUUUAAAUGCAGUAUCUUCAACCAAGAGAGCAGCAGUUCUUAUCUGCAUAUUUGAAGGAAACGAUGGCGAUCUUCGUGUAAUCCUCACCAAACGCUUCUCAACUCUUUCUUCUCACUCUGGUGACGUGGCACUGCCCGGUGGGAAAAGAGAGGAAACCGAUGCUGAUGACGUAGAAACAGCGUUGAGAGAGGCUAAGGAGGAGAUCGGUUUGGACCCUUCUCUUGUUAAUGUUGUUACAGUUCUUCAUCCCUUUGUUACGAAGAUUGGAAUGACAGUAGUUCCUGUCAUUGGUAUACUUUCUGAAAGGAAAGCUUUCAUUCCGGUUCUAAGUACAGAUGAAGUAGAAGCAAUGUUUGAUGCUCCCUUAGAAAUGUUUCUCAAGGAUGAGAACCGGAGAGAAGUAGAGAAAGAAUGGAUGGGAGACAAGUAUUUACUCCAUUUCUUUGACUAUGAAGCAGAGGGCAAGGAGUACAUGAUAUGGGCUUUAACCGCUGGAAUCUUGAUCAAAGUUGCAUCAGUUGUGUACCAACGCUUGCCUGCAUUUUCUGAGAGGAGGCCUAAAUUCUGGAGUAGAAGUUUGUGAUAAUAAGUUGUAGAAUUAUAGCAUUUCUUCUUAAUUGACGGUUGCAUUGUCUAAUGAAUUGUAGAAACAGAACAUGGCAAGAAUAUAUACAUUCCCUGCCAUAUCAUUUAUAAUUUAUCUUCCUAUUGAUAGUUUA